GGAAAACAAAAGGCGAUUAAAAGACACAAAAAAAGGAAACGUUUCCUUUUUAGCCAUCAGCCCCAGGCAUCCUGCAGUCUCUCUGUGUAUUCCAUUUUGUCACUGAAUCCCUCUAGAGAAACAUUAACCCACAGCGACCUUGUGUUUUUAUUUACUGCCGCAGGAUUUCUAAAUUACUUCAUGAGACAACCACACAGACAAAUCUAUAAUAUGCCAUUGCAAAUAAAAAGUUUGGGAGACUGCAUUAGGGUGGAUCAAUUGAAUUACAUAAAACAAGCGAGAAGACCUUGAGUGACAUGAGUUUUCGCUACACAAAUUUUUUAUUCCCCUGUUGUGUAAUAACAGGCCGGUGGAUGAUAAGCAAUAUCCUGGACCCGUCACCCCUUAAACAAUGCCCUACACUACUUUAAUUGUUAAGUGAAUUUUCCCAAGCCGCCGUGAGUGACGAAGGGGAGGGGAGUCAGUCCGCCUCAUGACCACCCCACCCCAUCCUCCGUACACCUUUAUCAGUACAAAUCUGCAGCGUUUGUACUCUGGAAAGAGUAGAGGACGAGUGACAGACUGGCAAAAUGACUUCAGCUGAGUCAAAGUCAGAACUCUUUACUGUAGCCACAGGGGAUGGAGGAGACAGCCAUCAGAAUCAGCCCAAUAAGUUAUCUUUUUAUGAGCACUACAUUCAGCCGUGCCUGGCCGAGAUACUCGGCUCCACUCUCUUCAUGUUUGUGGGUUGCGUGUCAGUCAUGGGCAACGUGGGCAUCAGCGGGAGCAUCCAGCCGGCACUGGCACAUGGACUAGCACUGGCUAUUGCAAUUGCGAUUUUUGGAGAAGUCAGUGGUGGUCACUUCAAUCCAGCUGUGUCUGUGUGUGUUUAUCUCAUUGGAGGAAUGGAAUUCAUUCUCUUGGUGCCAUACAUGAUCUCACAAAUGCUUGGUGGGGUGAUCGCUGCCAGUCUGGCCAAAGCUGUUACUACAGAGAUGGCAUAUGGGAAUGCAACUGGAGCAGCAUUUGAUGCAGUUCUAUCCGCAGAUGUUGUUGGUUCAGCGACUCUGGCCGAGAUGAUAAUGACCCUCUUUUUGACUAUAGUUGUCAGCAUGGGUGCCGUGAACGGAAGGACCCUGAGUCCACUCGCUCCUUUCUGCAUCGGACUGACUGUGACUGCAAAUAUCUUGGCUGGAGGAGGAAUCUCAGGAGCAUGUAUGAAUCCGGCACGGGCUUUUGGCCCAGCGAUAGUGUCCGGUCACUGGACCUACCACUGGAUAUAUUGGGUGGGACCUUUGACUGGGGCUCUGGUCACUGUCAGCAUUGUCAGGUUAAUAAUGGGUGAUAAGAAGAUCCGUGUUGUUUUCAAAUGAUGGAGAUAAGACUUCAGAUGAUCCCAAGCUUUUUAAAAUUGCAUGUAAAGCACUGUGUAAUAUUGUUAAACAUUUAUAUUACUGUUGUUAUUUUUGAUGUAUUCUAACGCUCCGUAGUCUCUUUUCAAAAUGUAUUUGU